CUCGCGACUAAAAGAAUGACCCGCAGUCAACUGCUGGGGAAUCUGGGCGCCCCAGUGCCUGCGGAGUGUGCAGCCGGGUGUGGGCACGGACAGAGGGAGUGGGCGAAGCCGCUGGUUGGUGCCUGAAAUCUGUGCGUUGCCCCUUUAAUUGUGUCCUCAGCCCUCGGGCGUUUCUGUCCAACGCCCACGUCAGCAAAUACCUUUUGUUUCUCCCACGUUGGGGCUACUUGUUUUAGGGCGUACAGCCUCGGCUUCGGAAGGGGGUGCUUCCCCAACCGGGAACCGGGAAUUACUCCGCAGCGCGCACGAGCGGCCAGAGCCCCGCGACACAACUCCUUUUGGGAACUCACUGACUUGGAGUCUUUCCUCCUUGCCUUCCACCAGUCUUCAGGUUCUUAGCAUCUGUACGUUUCCAGGCUUGUUUGUUCGUUCCUCUCUGGUAACCACGCGUCGUUCCCCAGCGGAAUGGAGAUCUCCUCUCACCAGUAUCACCUCCUGCAGCAGCUGAACGAGCAGCGCAGGCAAGGCGUGUUUUGUGACUGCAGCAUCCUAGUGGAAGGGAAAGUCUUCAAAGCGCAUCGGAAUGUGUUGUUUGCUAGCAGCGGCUACUUUAAAAUGCUGCUUUCUCAGAACUCAAAGGAGACGAGUCAGCCAGCCACAGCCACGUUUCAGGCCUUCUCCCCUGACACCUUCACGGUCAUCCUGGACUUUGUCUACUCCGGCAAACUCUCUCUCACUGGACAGAAUGUUAUAGAGGUGAUGUCCGCCGCGAGCUUCCUUCAGAUGACUGAUGUCAUUAGUGUGUGUAAGACUUUCAUUAAAUCUUCCUUGGACAUUAGUGAGAAAGAAAAAGAUCGCUACUUCAGCCUCUCAGAUAAGGACACCAGCUCAAAUGGUGUAGAGCGCCCCUCUUUUUAUAGUAGCGGCUGGCAGGAGGAAAGCGCGUCUCCCCGUUCUCACCUGAGCCCAGACCAAGGACCGAGUACAGCAACUGGGAAGUUGUGGAACAAGUACAGUUACCAUGCAGCUUCCCAAAGGACCUCCCAGCAACCGUUGGCCAGUGAGCCCAGGAAGGAUGACGGUAAAAAGACCAAGCAUUUGAGAUUGUCACAGCCUUCUGAAGUUGUUCAUCCUAAAUCUGGAAAAGGAGAGGCACGAACAUGCGAUUCCUCCAACCACACUUCUCAGCCUGAAGAGCAAGUACAGAUUGAUGCUGAAGUAGAUUCUGCUCCUCCUGCUGGCUACCAGUACGGCCAAGGAUCUGAUGUCACAUCCAGGAGCUUUCCAGAUGAUCUGCCCAGGCUUCGAUUCAAGUGCCCAUACUGCACACAUGUGGUGAAGCGGAAAGCGGACCUCAAACGGCACCUGCGCUGCCACACAGGAGAAAGGCCCUACCCGUGCCAAGCUUGUGGGAAACGGUUUAGCAGGCUAGACCAUCUGAGCAGCCAUUUCCGAACAAUCCACCAGGCAUGCAAACUAAUCUGCAGGAAAUGCAAACGUCAUGUGACUGACCUCACAGGCCAGGUGGUACAGGAAGGAACCAGGCGCUACAGACUGUGUAACGAGUGCCUUGCUGAAGCUGGCAUGGACAACCUCCCUGUUGAUCUGGAAGCUGAGCAACACUGCAUGUCCCCCACAGACGGAGAUAAGGAUUCGAGGUGGCAUCUGAGUGAGGAAGAGAAUAGGUCCUACGUGGAGAUUGUAGAGGACGGGUCUGCCGAUCUGGUCAUAAAGCAGGUUGAAGACAGUGAGGAAGAAGAAGAAAGGGAAGUCAAACCCAACAUUAGGUAGCCUGAAGUGGGACUCCUCAGAGCUACCUGCCCGCAGGUUACUUGGACAUCCUGUAUCUCUCCAUGGGCAGAACCCGGGUAAUGGGUUUCUCCUGCUGGCUUAGAAGUGACCUGAUGUAACUUGCAUGCUUUUCGAGUAGGCCAUUGUAUCCACUCUGAACUUUGUUGCCCUGAAAUAUGUUGCUGCUCUGGGAAGACCUUGCUUGCAUUGGCAUGAUGGAUGAUCAGUUAUCCUUUCUGUUAUUACACAGAUGGCAUUUUCUUUAAAUGUUGGAAAAAUCUAUUUAGCAAACUUUUUUGAGUAAAAUAUUUUAAAUAAAUCUAUCACAAAACUUUAA